GAUGUGAACAUGUGAAGGAAGCCAGAGCACUGAACGGAGCGUCAGUCUGUAUCCUGACAGGGGGAGAUAAGGUGGCUGGAGAGCUAGCGGUGCUUUCCUGGAAUACAAUCUCUGUUUGACACUCUCUGCUUAAGCACUGCCCAUCUGUAUGUUAUUGUGCUGGAGCCUCUGGGGAAAAAGAGGAGCCACAGGCACGGAGAGAGAACGAGGGAGGCAGCAAAAGCGUUUUUCUUCCUUUCUUUUCCUUUUUUUCUUCUUUUUUUUUCUUUUUUUUUUUUUUCCCCUCUUGUAAAUCGGGAUCCGGUUAGACUGCCUUGAAGUGCCACAUCUGGAAACUGAAUGCUGAAAGAAAGUUAAAAUAACUGAGGCACCACUAAGCCAAGGGGGGCUGAUUGCAGAAGAGGGUAAACAAUUACUGAGACGCUAGAAGACCACUGCUGGAUGUAAGGGGAGGAAAUGGCUUUGAUCUCCGCCUGGCCCCUCAUUUCUCCUGUAUUUUUCUUUUUGAGAUGCUUCUCCUCCAGCACAGCCUCGAGUGAGGGAAGCGUUUUUCAGUUUGACAUUGAAGGUAGCUCAGCGGUCAGCACGCAAGAAGCCACUGUUAUCAGAGGGCAGCAGCAGGCAGUAGCUACUGGAAGUUGGGUGCCUUUUGCAGAGGGAUGCCAGGAAGGAUUUUAUCGUACCAGCUCAGGAAAAUGCUCCCCUUGCAACUGUAAUGGUAAUGCAAACAGAUGCCUGGAUGGAUCUGGAAUCUGUGUGGACUGCCAGAGGAACACGACAGGGCAGCACUGCGAGCAGUGUCCGGAUGGCUUCAUUGGUGACGCGGUCAGGGGAGUGCCCACCUUCUGCCAGCCCUGCCCCUGCCCCCUGCCAGCACUUGCCAACUUUGCAGUCUCCUGUUACAGAAAAAGUGGAAGUGUGCGUUGUGUCUGCAAGGAAAACUAUGCAGGACCCAACUGUGAAAGGUGUGCCCCUGGUUACUAUGGGAACCCUUUGCUAAUUGGAAGCACUUGUAAAAAAUGUGACUGCAAUGGCAACUCAGACCCAAAUCUGAUUUUUGAAGACUGUGAUGAAGUCACCGGCCAGUGCCGCAACUGCCUGCACCACACCAGCGGGUUCAACUGCGAACGAUGCGCUCCGGGCUACUAUGGGGACGCCAGAUUGGCUAAAAACUGCACAGCAUGUAACUGUGGAGGCAGAAUGUGCGACAGCCAGACUGGAGAAUGCCUCGCAGACAGUCCUGAAGUUUCUACUGACACAGACUGCCCGACCAUCAGCUGCGAUAAAUGUAUUUGGGAUUUGACAGAUGACAUCCGGUUGUCAGUUCUGACCAUUGAUGAAAGCAAAUCCACUUUACUGAGCAUUUCUACUGGUGUUGCAGCUCAAAGGCGUUUGAAUGACCUGAACCUCACUACCACUCAUCUCCAGGAGGCAAUGUCCCAAAAGAAGAAUCAUGCUAUGCUUUGGACCAUCCAGGUUGAUGAUGCUGCAGAUGAGAUGAAUGAUCUCGUCAGAGAAGCAGAAACACUUGAAGAACAGGGAAAUGAAGCAUCCAGCAAAGGCCGAGUGGUACAGAAGGAAACCACGGAGAUCAAUAACCGUGCUUCUCAGCUUGUGCAGCAGCUCAAUGAUAUAAGAGAUAACAUUGAAGAAAUCAGCAGCAAGUCAAAAUACUAUGCAAUUCAACAAGAGCUGAGCCCUGAAGAAAUUGCCCAGAAGCGGAGUGUGGCUGAGGAGAUGCUGGAGGAGAUCAAACGUCGAAAGCCUUUCACUAAUCAGAAGCAACUUGCAGAUGAGGAGGAAAAUGCAGCAGAGGAGUUGCUACAGCAAAUUGAAGCAUUUCAUGAGAAGCACAAUGACACCAGAUCCCUAGUAACUGAUGUGCUGGAGCAGCUCAGUGAACAGGAUGUGAAGCUGUCAGACCUGGAGGAGGCAUUAGGCGAGGCGCUCGACUAUGUUACACAAACGGAGGAUAUAAACAGGAAAAACACAGCCAGGCUCCAAAGGCAGGAGAAACAACACGAGAAGACAAAAGAGCAAAUGGAUGAAGUGAACAGUAUUCUGCUCAGUGCCACAACUAUUUUGGAAGGACCACAAAAGGUCAAUUCUGAGUUAAGUGAAGUAAUAAAGAAUGCAUCAGGGUUCUACGCAGAAAUAGAUGGAGCAAAAAAGGAACUGCAAGAAAAAAUAGCCAACUUGUCCCUGUUUGAUGAUGAUCUGGUAGAAAAGGCUAUGCAUCAUGCACAAAACCUAAGAAGACUUGCUGAUGAGCUGGAUGGGAAUUUGUAUGGUGUUGAUUCAAAUGGUUUGGUACAAAGGGCAAUCAAUGCUUCAAAUGUGUAUGAAAACAUUGCUGGUUAUAUUGAAGAAGCCAAUGAAGUUGCACUAUUGGCACUGAACACAACAAACCGGGUCAAGGAUGCUGCAGUUGGAAUUGAUACUCAGGUCAUUUACCAUAAAGGCAAAAGUGAAGAGCUUCUCAUCCGAGCCAUGCAGCUACAACGGACAGCACAUGACAGCAGCAGUUACAACAUUGCAGACACCAGCUGGCAAGUCAAUGGCACCUUUGCCAGAAUGAAUGCCCUGCGGAGCCAGCUGAUGAGAGCCAUCGCAAAAAUGCAGUCAGCAGAGACAGUGGAGGCCAGAGAGCGUUUGGAGCAAGCUCAGCUGAAGACUGCAGAGGCUGUGAGUGCUACCACAACAGUAACACAGGCUACAACUCCCAUGGAUGAGAACGUGAGGCUGUGGUCCCAAAACCUGCAAGACUUCCAGCACAAUUCAGAGGCAUAUGACAGUGCUGUGCAUUCAGCUGGGGAUGCAGUGAAGAAACUUACAGAAGUUUUCCCUCAACUCCUGGACAAAAUGCGCAGAGUAGAACAGAAGGCACCAGCGAACAAUAUUUCUUCCAGUAUUCAGCGGAUCAGAGAGUUAAUUGCUCAAACCAGGAGUGUAGCAAGCAAGGUCCAAGUCUCUAUGAUGUUUGAAGGCCAAUCAGCUGUUGAAGUCAAUCCAAAGAUCAACGUGGAAGAACUGAAAUCUUUCACUUCCAUGAGCUUGUACAUAAAGCUCCACAAAGACAACCCACAACUGGCAGCCUCUCCAGACAGAUUCAUUUUGUACCUCGGAAACAAAAAUGCAAAACAUUACAUUGGUCUUGCAAUUAAAAAUGACAACCUUGUGUACAUUUAUAAUCUGGGGGGUCAAGAUGUGGAGAUACCUCUGGAUGCCAAGCCAGUCAGCACCUGGCCUUCUUACUUCAGCAUCAUCAAAAUUGAGAGGAUCGGAAGACACGGCAAAAUGUUUUUAACUGUGCCCAGUCUUAGCAGCACAGCUGAAGAAAAAUUCAUCAAAAAGGGAGAGGUUCUUGGUCCUGGCUCCCUUCUUAAUUUGGAACCUGAAAAUGCUGUUUUCUAUGUUGGUGGAGUGCCUCCAGGCUUCAAGCUCCCUCCCAGCCUAAACCUACCUGGCUUCAUCGGCUGCCUGGAGCUGGCUACCCUGAACGACGAUGUGAUCAGCCUGUACAACUUCAAGCACGUCUAUAACAUCGACACCACCACAUCGCCACCUUGUGCCAGAGAUAAGUUGGCUUUCACUCAGAGCCGGGCUGUGAGCUAUUUCUUUGAUGGCUCUGGCUAUGCCUUGGCCAGAAACAUUGAGAGAAGGGGAAAAUUCAGCCAGGUGACUCGAUUUGACAUCGAAGUUCGAACACCUACAGACAAUGGAUUGAUCCUGCUGAUGAUUAAUGGGAGCAUGUUCUUCAGCCUAGAGAUGCACAAUGGUUUCUUGUACCUCCGUUAUGACUUUGGUUUCAGCAAUGGCCCCGUGCUUCUCGAGGACUCCAUGAAGAAGGCUAGGAUUAAUGACGCCAAAUUUCAUGAGAUUUCUAUUAUAUAUCACAAUUCCAAGAAGAUGAUCUUGGUAGUAGACAGAAGACACAUAAAAAGUGUGGACAAUGAAAGAACAGCAAUGCCAUUCACAGACAUUUACAUUGGAGGAGCACCUGCUGAAAUCUUGCACUCCAGCAUUAGUUCACAUCUGGCUGGAAGUAUCGGCUUUAAAGGCUGCAUGAAGGGUUUCCAGUUCCAAAAGAAGGAUUUCAACUUGUUGGAAGAGCCAGGAACACUGGGAAUCAGCUAUGGGUGCCCAGAGGAUUCCCUGAUGUCCCGCAAUGCAUAUUUCAAUGGUGAGAGCUUCAUUGCAUCAAGCCAAAAAGUGUCCCUCUUUACUGAGUUUGAAGGAGGCUUUAAUUUCCGGACAUUGCAGCCCAGUGGGCUGUUGUUUUACUAUUCUGAAGGAGCAGAUGUAUUAUCCAUCUCUAUGGAGAGAGGUGCUGUGGUUUUAAAUGCAAGUGGAACCAAAAUUCAGUCACCAGACCGAAAUUACAAUGACGGAAAAACCCAUUUCAUCAUUACUUCUGUCACCCCAGAAAGGUAUGAGCUUACUAUUGAUGACAAGAAACAGAGCAAGAAGAAUCCAGCAAAGGACAGAGCAGGGAAAAGCCCAGACAGCAUCAAGAAGUUUUAUUUUGGUGGCUCUCCCCUCAGAACACAGCAAGCCAACUUCACUGGCUGCAUAAGCAAUGCCUACUUCACUAGGUUGGAUCAAGAGGUUGAAGUGGAAGAUUUCCAGAAGUACUCUGAGAAAGUUCAGGCAUCUUUGUAUGGAUGCCCUGUUGAAUCUCCUCCUGUUGCUCUGCUCCAUAAGAAAGGAAAAAACUCAUCAAAAGCCAAAGGAAACCGUAAUAAAAAGGUGGGAAGAGAUAAAGACAAGAUUUCACAGCCUUCAUCUGGCCUCAAAAAACUGCAUCAAGUGAAUUUGCAAAGAGAGCCUCAGUGCCACUUGCCCAUGAAUCCCAAGGCAACUGAACAUGCCUAUCAAUUUGGAGGAACAGCAAACAGCCGGCAAGAAUUUGAUCACAUACCAAAGGAUUUCAGUCAAAGAGCCCAGUUCUCUAUCAGUCUUAAAACUCACUCAUCUCAUGGAAUGAUUUGCUAUGUUUCGGAUCAAAAAGAGACCAACUUCAUGGCCCUUUUUGUUGCUCAUGGCCGACUCGUUUUUAUGUUUAAUGCUGGUCACCAGAAGAUAAGGAUUAAGAGCCAAGAGAAAUACAAUGAUGGUCUGUGGCACAAUGUGAUAUUUAUUAGAGGCAAAAAUAUUGGUCGCUUGAUAAUCGAUGGUCUCCGAGUACUAGAAGAAUCUUUUGAGGGGAAUGCAAAUAGCUGGCAAGUCACUGAACCACUCUAUAUUGGAGGUGUAGCUCCCGGAAAAGCUGUAAAAAACAUCCAGAUUAACUCUGUCUACAGCUUUAGUGGUUGUCUCAGCAACUUACAGCUCAAUGGAAGAUCACUUACUUCAGCUUCACAGACAUUUAGUGUAACACCUUGCUUUGAAGGCCCAUCAGAAGCAGGAACAUACUUUUCAUCAGAAGGAGGAUAUGUCGUCCUUGAUGAAUCCUUCAGUUUAGGCCUGAAAUUUGAAGUUGUUUUUGAAAUACGUCCCCGAAGCAGCUCAGGAAUCCUACUGCAUGGUCACAGUGUGAAUGGAGAGUACCUGAAUAUGCACAUGAGAAAUGGACAGGUUACUGUGAAACUGAAUAAUGGAAUAAGGGAUUUUUCAACUUCAGUGACACUUAAACAGAGUCUCUGCGACGGCAGGUGGCAUCGAAUUGCAGUUAUUAGAGACGCAAACGUGGUGCAGCUGGAUGUAGACUCUGAAGUCAACCAUGUGGUAGGGCCGCUAAAUCCAAAGGCAAUGGACCACAGGGAGCCAGUGUUUAUUGGAGGUGUACCAGAGUCUCUGCUAACAUCAAGCCUGACUACACGCAAUUCCUUCAUUGGCUGCAUUCGUAACUUCAUGAUUGAUGAAAAGCCAGUGAGUUUUAGUAAAGCAGCUUUGGUUAGUGGUGCUGUAAGCAUUAAUACCUGUCCAGCAGCCUGAUAGUGCACUGCAUCGAUUCUGAAAAGUUCCUUAGACCACAGAAAGAAAAAUAGAACAAAAGAAACCCUGUCCAGCAAGACAAGAAGAAUUAAAAUAUCACAGCCACAUCUACAGAAAGCAGGAAGGGGGGUCACUUCUAAUAUUUACACACAAACAAAAAUCACUGUAGAAUAAAAGCUGUUGCUUCUGCACUUCUCUUAACAUACCACAAGAGUGAGCUUUACCAUUUCUUAUACUGUAUGUGUGGCCAGUCUGUUACAUGAAAAUAUGAGAUUAUAAAAUAAAUUAAAAUUGUAUUAAAUAUGUUACUUUCAAAAUAGAUCCUCUACAUAAUCUUAUUCCAUAUCUUUCAAAAUAGAUCCUCUACAUAAUCUCAUUCCGUAUCUUAGUCACCCUUUGUUCCACAGAAAAAGAUCUGCUAAUGACAUUUAAAAAUAAAGCUAGGUAAUAGAUUUACAUUGCAAAUACUGUAUAAAGAUCUUACUGUAUAUUUUUAAUUUUCCAUUCAACUCAUUUAUAUAUUCCUCAAAUAAAAUGGGGGGAAGAGAGUGUACUAAUUAUGUAAGCUUACAAACAAUGAAAAAUUAAAAUUUUUAUUCCACUUCUAGACUUCAUGGAUAUGUUCUAGCACAAUAUGAAGAGAGGAUGUAUAUCUUUUAAGACAGAUGCUUUAUAUAUAGACUCAUUUACCUAAACUAGGUAAUUUUAGAGUAAUGCUUGCCUUAGAGACAAUUUUAUUUUCAAGUUUUUUCUCUGACUUUUUAAAUGCACUCACAUACAAACACAGCACUAAAUUCACAAUCUCAUUGUGAUCUCAUUUGCACUACUGUUACACAAGUAAACCUGAAGCGUAGAAAGCAGAAUCACAGUCACAGUUUCAGGUGACUCCCUUAUCAUACAAAAACAUUACUUCCCUGUGAGACUCCAGCAGAACUUCAGGUUACAGCAGAAAUCCUCACACAAGGAACAGGUUCCUUCAGAAGAUAUGCUGCUGCAGAGGAACCCAGAGUGAAACAGGAAGAUCUAAAUAGAAGGCAAAGGGCUGCAAAUCUGAACUAUGUUAUAACCGUAGAAGGAAGAUGGAAGUUAAUGGUAGGGUUCAACUCACAGUAGGCUUGCACACCAAAUAGACACAAAUCACUUGCAAAACUUAGUCCCUUCAAUCAUCACCUACAAGGAAUCAAAGCCAUUUAGCUUUAUUUUCUUUAAAGAAUAAAGUAAUGUAAUAAAGAAUAAAGUAAUGAAAGUUUUAUGGUUGCUGAGCAAAUUAUUGUUGGAACCAACUCAAAACAUGAUCAGCUGCAAAGCAGGAAACUAUGAAAUGCAAAAAUAAAGGACAACACCCUAGAGACUAAAAGUUAAUACGAAUUCAUCUGGAAAAUACACAAAUGAAAACUGGAAUCCAAAGAUCUUGAAAGCACGGACAGAUGGAACAACUACCAGAAUAAGAUACAUAUGUAAGCACUAAUCAACAGCUUCCCUACUACUCUGAGUAGGGUGAAAAAAGGGUUUUGACACACUGCAGCAGACUUGGCUUACUCUGGAUAAAGAACUGCAACCUCUGGAGACACAGGCACAGGAACUCUCCAUCAGCUGGGACCCCAUCAAGGAUUCUUCACUUGCCUCUAGAGUCCAGUGUUGGGUGGUAAGGGAACAACACAGUGUGGCUCUAGUAAGCCCUGCCUCUCCUUUCACCAGCCUUGUCAGCUCUGCUCAUACUUUCAGCCCCAUUCUUGCUCUGCUUUCCUUCUCCUGAACAUAUCCCCUUUUCUCUUCCCCGCAGCUCUCAGGCUAUAUGCUCCAAGGACUGAUUCCCUUUCCAGCUCUAAGCUUCCAGAUGCCCCCUUCACAGGGGAGUGAUAUAUAGACCCUUCUUUUCCUCACUCCAAAGCCCACUGUUCAUACUUGAGAAGCAAGCACUAAGAGUAUCCCUCUGCAGUGUCUCUGGUUCAGGCAGUUGCCUUCAAAUGCCAUCUUUGUCUCAGGCACCAACACCAGUAUAUUUGCUCAGAUUUUUCCUUCUCCCAGCUACCCAGAAAUGGAACAGAAAAUUUAGGGCUUUUGCUUCAGGAAUUUUUUUAUUAUUGGUGGUGAUGGUGAAUGUCCUCAGAUCAGUGAGCUGGGUUCCCAGCGGUUACAGAGGCCAUGGAUGAUGCCAGAGCUGUACAGCUGGGAGCAGGGGUAAAAAAGGAAGUCUCUCUCCUCCCAGUGCCAGUGAGUUGUUAGAUUAGCUCAAAAAAGCUCAUGACACCACAACCUGAGUUAAGCUUCCUCAGACCCUGGUCUCCAGGACCCUGUUGAUGGAGAGAAAAGAAUAGCAGAUUCCCUGCUUAGAUAGGUUGGUUACCGGGAUUACUGAAAUUCCUUUUGAGUUGCCUGCAGCUGCUAAGCAGAGAUAGCCAGGAAUAGCAAAUGCUUGUGGCCCCUAAGAGCAUCAGAGUUUAGUGAUUGCUGGCAUUAAGUGGAGCAUUGUAUGUUAACGGGUGCACACAUACCCAGAAUGUUUUUCUGUCUCACACCUACUUCAAACCAAAGCAUAUUUUCUCAUAUCCACAUCCAAGCUCUGUGAAUAAACAAUAUUUCUCUUAGCCAUA